CGAUUAUUGUCAUACUGUUGCCAAUGUAUCAAUUAAUGCCACUGUUUAGACGUUGCAAAAACCAGAAUUUCCAGAUGUAUUACUUUUAUCAAAAGGACAACUACCAGUGGACGUCCUCUGUGUCAUCUUAUCACAGCUUUCUGUACGUGAUGUUUUACGAUACAUGCAAGUUUGCAAAGCUUGGAAGGUAGGAAUGUCCCUUAAUCCUUUGCUCUGUCUAAUGCCAAACAAUUUUACUUCUAUUGAUAUAGUUUGACGUUCUCUGGUUUUUAAAAAAUUAUUGAAACGAGCUUUCGACUGCCAAUCUGCAGUCUUCAACGGGCUUCAAUUGAAGACUGCAGACUGGCAGGCUGGUAAUGAAUAUUACGCUUCUACCAUUUUUAUAUUUUACUUGUGAAGGAGAAAAUCUCGUGCAUUAAUGGUUGAUCUGUGUAUAAUGACAGAUGAUUUUACUUGUGAAGAAGGGGGAAGUAUUUACCAUUGAUGUUUUUAUCCAGACAAUCUUUUUGUUGUGAACACAUUUUAAGCAGCAAAUUGAAUGCAUCUUAGGCCACGGUCAAACGUCGAACUUUUCAUGUGCCGAACCUAACACAAAUGAAGUGAAAAAAAGAACUUAGCUCAUUAACAUUAGGUUCGCAAAAUGAAAAGUUCGACGUUCGACCCUGGUCUUAAUGUGUCUUAUAGUGUAUUAUAUUGUUAUCUUACUUUGUCAAAUGUCAGACCAUUUUAUACCAGAGGUAUAAUCUAUGAUAAUAUUUUCUAUGUUAAAUCUUUUUCCAGACAUUGCUGAGUGACAAGUAUUUUUGGAAGAUGUAUAUACAAAGACAUUUUGAUUUGGGGAUAAAAUCUGACCUCUCAAACGAGGGGCCAAUGGCAGAGUGGUCACGUCCAGGGGAUACUGAUAAUACGACAAGUGGCGUCGACAACAGCUGGUAUGUAUUUGUUUUCUGUUAAAUGCAUGCCCGGAUUUUCAGGUGAGGACGCACCUUCAGGGUCUUAGAUGGGAUUUUAGAUUUUGGGAGCGUUUCUAAAUUUCCAUGGUGUCAUUAAUGUUACUUGCCUAUUUCCCAGAAUAGCCAAAUCCACGGUAACCGUUCCAGUUAUGCUCAAAAUAGACUAUGCCUGUUGUUGUUUUAUUAUAUUUCGCACUGACAUAUUACAAUAAAGGCCAUGUUACACGGUGCAAUUUUUCUUGCAACUUGCAAUGCAAUUCUACUCUUGAGAGAUGUAAAAUUGCCAAAUACGAGUCUUCAUUACACUCAGCUGAUGUUUUCUCAACAUAUCGAAAAUUCUUCACUGAUUUCACUAAUUGACAUCGCUCAAGAGUACAAUUGCAUUGCAAGUUGCAAGAAAAAUUGCACCGUGUAACAUGGCCUUAAGUUAUUCUAGCAACUCUUGGAGCACUAAAUACUAUUUAAAACACGCGUAGGAGUGUUUUGUCACUGAUUAUUUUUACCACGUUCGUUUUAGAUAUGAUAAAACACGAUUACAUGUACAAGUGUUUUGAAUAGCUUCAAAUACUAAUGCUGAAUACUAAUUAGGAUGGAUUUUUUAAAGAAUGUAUAAAGAAUACUAAUUAGGAUGGAUUUUUGUAUAAAGAAUACUAAUGAAGAUGAGUUUGAUCGGGUACAGUAUAAAGCCUCUCCAUGUGACAUAUAUUAUGGUUGACAUGAUUUGCCAUUUUUACCAAUUUCAACAAACUAUACAGGGCGUGAAAUAACGGCCGGUCAACGGACAAUGUCCGGCCAGAAUGCGGAGUUGUCCAGUCAAAUUCUUACCUUGCCGGUCAUUUUGACCGGUCACUUUCGGUAAAAGAACAAACAAGUAAUCUUCAUUUGAAUUAAUCAUCAAAAUAAAGUUGUCAAGCAUUAUAAUUAAGAACCAUAACAUGUUGUCCAAUAUCUUGCGGGAAAAGAACUUCAAUGUACGCCAGCUUUCCCACGCAGUACAUCACAAAGCCCAUGGUCAUGCUUUUGGCUUAAGAGUUAAUUAAAAGGCCAUUGUUUUAGCGCAGUGCAAGCUGUUUUAUGUGAAGGAGUUUUUUUAACUACUGUUUACAGUAAGGCUUUAUGUAAUGCUCUACUGGAAAAAUAGUCAUAUUUUUAGGGGUAUACUUUACUAGGCGUUGCAUUAAGCUGAAUAAUUUGACCGGCCAGAAAUUCGGUAUGUCCGAGCUAAAAUUGAGUUGGCCGGUCACCUUGACCGGCCUAUACAUUUAAGAAACUUUUUCUUACGACACAAAUAGGAGAAAAUUCUGUCUUUUGUAAGUAAACACAUUACUAUGUAAACCUGCACGGCUUUACAUAAAUAAUAAAGCCACGUUCGUUUUAACACGGCCUUCUAGCUAAGACCAUGUGUACCUUGUAUAAUUCUCCCGAGAAUUGCUGCACCUCCCCUGAAAAUUCAGGGGUAUUAGAUUAAGCCUUGCUUAAGUUCGCUAAUAUAUGUUUAAUGCACUUAAUGCGUUGACAAGGAAUGUAUCUAUAGUUCUAUUUUGCUUACUUUUUUCUGGUAUUUUGAAAGGUAUUGUUACUUUUCUGAGGACGGUGAGAAAGACGAUAUAUACGUGAUGCGUCCAUUUCCCUCAAUGUGGAACUGUCGAGUCGUUCAUCCGUAUGGUUUGGACCCAUUUUCUGGUGAUGUGAGAAGCUUACAAGGUUUAUGUCGUUGUCUUGAAAUACUGACUUACACGAGAAGUGAAGCGUCUCGCUUGGGUAUGCUAAGUGGUGAGUGACAUAAUAGUUUUGUUUGUGGAAACACCACGUAAAUUUAUUACUGCAAAGCUUUCGAUCCGUAAGCCCGGAUCUUCAUCAGUGCUAAUAAUAUGUGCUUUGCAGUAAUAAAUUUACGUGGUGUUUUCACAAACAAAACUAUUAUAUUUUAUCGCCAUGCAAACGUACAAAAGAACUUAUUGGUGAGUGACAUGUUGUAAUAUUUCACAAUCUUUCAACCGAAAAACUGUUCACAUUGCGAUGAAUAAUUUCCACUUUUUACCCCACCCUUGGGCGCUUAUUUUUCCCCUUGGCUCUCGGCUGCGGGUUUAUUAGAAGGCGAGGGUGGGGCAAAUACAGGCUGGGGACUAAAUUUUCACGUUUUUGUAAAAAAAUAUGAAGGCUGCUUUUCAGUUAGGAUUUUUGGUAUCUCACUGGAUAGAACUAAUUGUUGAGGGGUUUGUUUUGUAGAUGGACUUUUCGGAUUGUAAAUUUUACACAUUGAUCAGAUCUGACCAGGAGCAUUUGCGAAAAUUGUAACAAUAGGCCCUCUGGAAGGUAUGGAACCUGCGGCCCUGUGAUUCCGGUGCAACACACUAAAGCCUGGCGCACACGAUGCGAUUUUAGUCGGCCGAUAAAAAUCGUUUGACAUACCGAUGUACAUCGGUAUACUCCGCACACGAUUGAACUGUAGACGCCAUGUUGCCAAAUAAAUACAAGCACGUGAUCACAGCAUGAAAUCUGAUUGGUUAUACUUAAAAUUCCACCGAUAAUUCCUUAAAAUUCCACCGCUAAUUUACUCAUGAAUUAUUAAUGAGUUUGAGAUGUAUAUGUACUAAGGUGACGCCAAUGUUGCUCAGUUGAUUAUAGAGCGUUGCACUAAUAUCGCAAGUUCGAUUCGUGCCAGAGGGAUAGAUCCAAACAAAUGUGUAAAAUUCACACUCAAAAUUUCCAUCUACAAAAUCCUUCGAAAUAUUGGCAACCAUUUCAUUAUAGGUAACCAAUGUUCAGCCAACGAAGGGCUAGAUGAAAUUUGUGCCGUUAUAUUUCCUUGGGACAAAAAGGAACUACCUACACCGCUAGAACUGGUGGAUGGAGUUUUCCAUUUUCAUCCAGAAAUAAAUGAAUACUAUUCUAGCAACCCAAGAGAAAAUAAAUUACACUUUCACAUUCCGCGAAAUGAACAUAACAUUGAUGAUUCUGACGUUGAUUAUGACGAGGAUGAUGAAGACCAUGAUACAGACGAAAAACCAUGUCUGAACAGUAUUUUUGGGAUGGAUUUUCCUCAUCAAGAUGAACAAUGGAAGUAUGAAGAUUCACGAAAAUUUUAUGAGUGGUUGCAACCAAUUAUGUAUCCAUCAGUCGAUAUAUUUGUUGGAGAUCAGAAGUUUAAUCCUGUUGCAAUCUUUAUGUUAGCACAGCUUGCCCCUGGGUGGGUAGGUGGGGCACUGACUGCAGCCACAUGGACAUGAGUAAUUGUUGAUUGUCCGCAGUCCCCCUCUGUAGGGCAGGACACUGACUGUUCUUAUUGUCAAUUUGUUGGUCAGUAUUUUGGUGCUAAAGACAUAACUGCAGUUAAUAUGUAAUGUUAGUACAUAAUUACAUGGCGAAGCUAGCCAUAGCAACAGGUCAUGCUGUGCAAAUGUUUAAUCAUUCCCAUUUUUCCCGACUUUUAAAAAUGUAUUGUCUGCGUGUUUAUUAGCAAGUCAUGACCAGCUGCCAUGGCUAGCGUCGCCACUGCAUCUUAGACAAUAAAUAAUAUGCUAAGAUAUUGAUUAUAAAUGAGUUAAAACUCAAGAGUUAUGUUUUAUAGUUAAGUUAGGAAUAAAAUAUAAUGUAAACAAUAACAUUAAAAACAUAUUGUUAGAAGUUCAAAUCGUCAUAAGCAGAACUGUUUUCUGUUAGUGCCAUGGGCGGGGCCGCGGGGGCUCCAAUAAAAUUUAAGUUGGUCAAAUUAUGAACGUAAGUUGAGAAACAAGAUGGGAGAAAUAAAUUUAAGAGCCAAAAAUAAUUAAGAUAAUAGUCGAAAAUGCAAAAAAUAUUAACGGUGCUGUUCUGCGAAUCAAUUCUGUUCAUAACAGGGGACCCGCAGAUAUAAACAUUGCCCAAAUUUGCAUCUUUUGAACUUUUUUGAAUUGAAACG